GCCGCACCGCGGCUCCGGGGCACGCACCAUUGGACGCGGACUGGUCGGGUCAUGCUACGUCGGCUGCUGCCCCAGCUGCGCAACCUGACGCAAUCCACCUGUUUCGUUACAGCUCCGACAUCAGCAACCCUUCGUCCCCUAUCCACUACAGUAAUGUCAAGUGACAAAUUUUCUCUCCCGCAACGCUACAAAGGCACCGAGACCAACAUUUGGGUUGAAUUCAUUCAGCUGGCACUGGAGAACAAGCCUCUGAACCUGGGCCAGGGGUUCCCCGACUAUGGCUGCCCGAAGCACGUGACUCAGGGGGUGGCCGACGUCAUGGCCGACCCCAACCUGCUGCUGAACCAGUACACCCGCGGAUACGGCCACCCGCGUCUCGUCAACGUACUGGCCAAGCUGUACGGCGGCCUGCUGGGCCGCACGAUCGACCCGUUCUCCGAGGUGCUGGUGUCGCAGGGCGCCUACGGCAGCCUCUACAACGCCAUUCUGGGCCACGUCAACCCUGGCGAUGAGGUGAUCAUCAUCGAGCCGUUCUUCGACUGCUACGAGCCGAUGGUGCGCAUCGCCGGCGGCCGGCCGGUGUUCGUGCCGCUGCGGCGGCGGCCCGGCGCCGCCACCGGCUCCUCCGCCGACUGGGCGCUCGACCCGGCCGAGCUGGAGGCCGCCUUCGGGCCGCGCACCAAGAUGAUCGUGCUCAACACGCCCAACAAUCCGCUGGGCAAGGUGUUCACGCGCGCCGAGCUGGAGGCCAUCGCCGAGCUGUGCCACCGCCACGACGUGCUGUGCGUCUCCGACGAAGUGUACGAGUGGAUGGUGUUCGCCCCGGCCGAGCACGUGCGCAUCGCCGGCCUGCCCGGCAUGUGGGAGCGCACCAUCACGGUCGGCUCGGCCGGCAAGACGUUCAGCGUCACCGGCUGGAAGCUCGGCUGGGCGUACGGGCCGGCCUCGCUGGUGCGCAACAUGCAGGUGGUGCACCAGAACACGCUGUACGCGUGCAACACGCCGCUUCAGGAGGCGCUGGCGCGCUCGUUCGAGCACGAGCUGUCGCUGAUGGGCCAGCCGGAGUGCUACUUCACCUCGCUGGCGGAGGAGCUGCUGGCCAAGCGUGACUUCAUGGCUCGCUUCCUGACCGACUGCGGCAUGACGCCCAUCGUGCCCGAGGGCGGCUACUUCAUGAUCGCGGACUGGACAUCGCUCGACAAGAAGAAGAUCGACCUGUCGCCGUACGCGCCCGGUAAGCCGGACGACCACCGGUUCGUGUACUGGCUGGUGCACCACCACAAGCUGCAGGGCAUCCCACCGUCGUCGUUCUACUCGGACGAGCACAAGAGCCUCGGCGAGAACUACAUUCGAUUCUGCUUUAUAAAGGACGACAAGAAUCUAGAAAAGGCGGAGGGCAUUCUGAAGCAACUGAAAGAGUCAAUGAGCGACUAGACCGGACGUGAUGACUGAGAGACUGCCGGCCGCCAGCUGAGCCUAUAUGUCCCGCGCUGGGUGGUGUGUCUGAACUGGCCGCUCAGCUGGCGCCACGCCGUGGUCGAUCAGGGUCAUUGGCUGGUUGACACCGCACCACAGUGGUGAUGAAACCCCUCGGGAGUUGGCAGGGAAGUGGGUCAAACCAAGUUUUAACCGGUUUUCCCAAAGUGUUACG